GCUGCCGCUGCUCCUGGUGCUUCUGGGCUGCCUGGGCCUUGGCGUAGCGGCCGAAGACGCAGAGGUCCAUGCAGAGAACUGGCUGCGGCUCUAUGGCUACCUACCCCAGCCCAGCCGCCAUAUGUCCACCAUGCGUUCCGCCCAGAUCUUGGCCUCAGCCCUUGCUGAGAUGCAGCGCUUCUACGGAAUCCCAGUCACGGGUGUGCUCGACGAAGAGACCAAGGAGUGGAUGAAGCGGCCCCGCUGUGGGGUGCCGGACCAGUUCGGGGUACGAGUGAAAGCCAAUCUGCGGCGGCGGCGGAAGCGCUAUGCCCUCACCGGGAGGAAGUGGAACAACCACCAUCUGACCUUCAGCAUCCAGAACUACACGGAGAAGCUGGGCUGGUACCACUCGAUGGAGGCGGUGCGCAGGGCCUUCCGCGUGUGGGAGCAGGCCACACCCCUGGUCUUCCAGGAGGUGCCCUAUGAGGACAUCCGGCUGCGGCGGCAGAAGGAGGCCGACAUCAUGGUACUCUUUGCCUCUGGCUUCCACGGCGACAGCUCGCCGUUUGACGGCACCGGUGGCUUUCUGGCCCACGCCUAUUUCCCUGGCCCCGGCCUGGGCGGGGACACCCAUUUUGACGCAGAUGAGCCCUGGACCUUCUCCAGCACUGACCUGCAUGGAAACAACCUCUUCCUGGUGGCAGUGCAUGAGCUGGGCCACGCGCUGGGGCUGGAGCACUCCAGCAACCCCAAUGCCAUCAUGGCGCCGUUCUACCAGUGGAAGGACGUGGACAACUUCAAGCUGCCCGAGGAUGAUCUCCGUGGCAUCCAGCAGCUCUACGGUACCCCAGACGGUCAACCACAGCCCACCCAGCCUCUCCCCACUGUGACGCCACGGCGGCCAGGCCGGCCCGACCACCGGCCGCCCCGGCCUCCCCAGCCACCACCCCCAGGUGGGAAGCCAGAGCGGCCCCCAAAGCCGGGCCCCCCAGCCCAGCCCCGAGCCACAGAGCGGCCCGACCAGUAUGGCCCCAACAUCUGCGACGGGGACUUUGACACAGUGGCCAUGCUUCGCGGGGAGAUGUUCGUGUUCAAGGGCCGCUGGUUCUGGCGAGUCCGGCACAACCGCGUCCUGGACAACUAUCCCAUGCCCAUUGGGCACUUCUGGCGUGGUCUGCCUAGUGACAUCAGCGCUGCCUACGAGCGCCAAGACGGUCGUUUUGUCUUCUUCAAAGGUGACCGCUACUGGCUCUUUCGAGAAGCCAACCUGGAGCCUGGCUACCCACAGCCGCUGACCAGCUAUGGCCUGGGCAUCCCCUAUGACCGCAUCGACACAGCCAUCUGGUGGGAGCCCACAGGCCACACUUUCUUCUUCCAAGAGGACAGGUACUGGCGCUUCAACGAGGAGACACAGCGUGGAGACCCUGGCUACCCCAAGUCCAUCAGUAUCUGGCAGGGGAUCCCUGCCUCCCCUAAAGGGGCCUUCCUGAGCAAUGAUGCAGCCUACACCUACUUCUACAAGGGCACCAAAUACUGGAAAUUCGACAAUGAGCGCCUGCGGAUGGAGCCCGGCUACCCCAAGUCCAUCCUGCGGGAUUUCAUGGGCUGCCAGGAGCACGUGGAGCCAGGCCCCCGGUGGCCCGACGUGGCCCGGCCGCCCUUCAACCCCCACGGGGGCACAGAGCCCGGGGUGGACAGCGCAGAGAGCAACAUGGAGGAUGGGGAUGGGGACUCUGGGGCUGGGGCCAACAAGGACGGGGGCAGCCGCGUGGUGGUGCAGAUGGAGGAGGUGGCACGGACGGUGAACGUGGUGAUGGUGCUGGUGCCACUGCUGCUGCUGCUCUGCGUCCUGGGCCUCACAUAUGCGCUUGUGCAGAUGCAGCGCAAGGGUGCGCCACGCGUGCUGCUGUACUGCAAGCGCUCGCUGCAGGAGUGGGUCUGACCCCCCGGCGCUCCUGCUCACGGUGCUCAGGGGGCACCUGUGGUUUUGAGAUGGCUCCCAGGGGCUCCCUCCGCCCCCAGGUAGGGGCCCCUCUCAGCCCUCACACACCCUGUCUGCCCCGCCCUCAUUAUUUAUGCCCAGGUGUUUGUUUUGUUUUGUUUUUGGCACCUUACUUGACCAUUUGUUUCUGUUUCCCCGACCGGGGAAGGGUGUUUAGAAUUUUCUAACUGUAGUUCUGCUCCAGACAGGGAAUUAGGCCCCUAUCGUCCUCUGGCUUGGCCACAGCUAGGGGAGCAGAGGGGCAGAGGCCCACAUUGGAAGAGUAGCCCCUCCUCAGCCUGAGCCCCGGGCCGUAACUGCAGACUCUUUACCCAGUUGGAGACUGGCUGGCCCCCCUGGUCCGCUCCCUCCCAAGUGAGUCUCUCUGGGCCUGAGGAAGAGCUUUCCACCCAGGGGCAGCCCCAGGCCGAAGGGGACCUGGAAGGGAGGUGGGCCGUGGCCCCUGAGCCUGUGUUGAGGCUUGGUUCCUUCCCAAUCCACUUCUGACAGCCUCAGCGACCCUGGCUCCUUGUGCCUGAGAACCCAGCCCACCCCCAGCAGCAACUCCCAGCUCCCACCUCCCCUUGGGCCCACACCUCCUUCCCUCUCUGGAGAAAGGGCCCUGGGCCUGCCUCACCACGGACCAAAGGGAGUAUGCCAAGGCCCCUCUCCCCGGGGUAGCAGCAGCCUCGCCCCUAGCAGAGAUGCCUCCCU